UUGGAAUUUCGAAUGUUGAAGCGAGUGGCUCCGCUUUUGACCGGCGCCCAGCGCCGCUUUGCGAGCAUCGACACGGGCUGGCCGAUCCGCAAGGUCAUCGAGAACCACAGCGCGCGCGGCAAGUACGAGGUCGUCAAGGACCUCGAGGUCGGCCUCGUGCUCGUGGCGUCCGAGGUCAAGAGCAUCCGCGACGGCAACUGCGAUAUCUCGGCCGCCUUUGCCGCGGAGUACGCCGGCGAGCUCUACCUGCAUCAAAUGUACAUUCCCGUCUGGCGACAUGGCAUCAUCGGGCGCCACGAGACGUACCGCGAGCGCAAGAUCCUCGCGCAUCGGCACGAGAUCAAGCGCAUCAUCGAGUUUGCUCGGCAGCCCAACGCGCAUUUGGUACCUCUGCGCGUGCACUUGGGCACGACCAACUGGAUCAAGAUUCAACUGGGCCUCUGCACCAAGAAGAAGGGCCCCGACACACGCAAGCGCGAAGACGAGCGCGAUGUGAAGCAGCAGAUUCGCCGCGCGCUGAAAAGCGACGACUACUAACUAGACUUGAUUUCCUUCGGCGACGUACAUGCACCCUAGCACCCCACACGCCC